CUUGAACAUCUGACACUGUUCAUCAUGGCCGUUCCUGAGAGCCCUGUCAGCGGCCGCCUCGGGGAAGACUCGGGAAAGGACCCCCAUACUCAAGCUGUGCCAGCUCAGGAUGUUCAGCUGUUGGGUGAAGGCAGUCCUGGAGUCCAUCGUAUUGAGAUCAUCAAUUCGCACUUUCGUCUCUUUGAUCGCAUCUGCUUGUUUGCGAGUGUGUUCCUCAUUGCCUACGUUUACGGGUUGGAUGGAACCGUUCGGUACACGUACCAGCCCUAUGCUACCCAGAGCUAUGGUCAGCACAGUCUUCUCGCAACCAUCAACGUUCUCCGCGCUGUUAUUGCCGCCGCCGCUCAGCCUACCGCUGCAAAAAUUGCCGAUGUCUUUGGCAGAAUUGAACUUAUCAUUGUUUCCGUUGUCUUUUACACGAUCGGUACAAUCAUUGAGGCAUGCGCCAAAAACGUGGAAAGUUUCUGCGCCGGAGCUGUUAUCUAUCAGAUCGGAUACACUUGUAUCAUGCUACUUGUCGAAGUUCUUAUUGCAGAUUUGACUUCUACACGGUCUCGUCUCUUGUUCUCAUAUAUUCCAGCUCUGCCAUUCAUCAUCAAUACAUGGAUCAGUGGUAAUUUAACCGCAGCUGUUCUCAAAGUCACUUCUUGGAGAUGGGGCAUCGGAAUGUUCGCCAUCAUCUACCCUGUAUGUGCGCUGCCUCUGCUCACAGUCCUCUUCAUUGUCCAUCGCCGCGCAAAGAAAUCCGGUCAGCUGGAACCGUAUAAGAGCUCCUUCGAUCUUAUGGGCGGUCGCCAACUUGCGGUCGCGCUUUUCUGGCACCUGGACGUCAUUGGUAUACUCUUAAUGAUUGCCAUAUUCGCCUGCAUACUUGUUCCAUUCACACUCGCCGGAGGUGUCAAGACAACCUGGGGAACGGCAAAGGUCAUUGCGCCCUUGGUCAUAGGUGUGCUGUUGAUUCCAGUCUGGGUAUUUUGGGAAAAGAAUUGCAAAUACCCAAUGCUUCCUUUCAAGCACCUCAAAGACCGUGGUGUAUGGGCUGCCCUCGGGAUUGCUGUUAUGCUCAACACAGCAUGGUAUCUCCAGGGUGAUUUCUUGUACACAGUACUCUACGUGGGAUUUGAUGAGUCGAUUCUCAGCGCGACACGCAUCACUUCACUGUACAGUUUCACAUCCGUGAUCGCUGGAACGAUUCUGGGUUUCAUUAUCAUAAGAGUCCGCCAGCUUAAGCCUUUCAUCAUUUUCGGAACCAUGCUGUUCACUGUCGCCUUCGGUAUUUUGAUUCAUUUCCGUGGCGGCAGUGGGCAUGCAAGCCACUCGGGUGUGAUCGGUGGACAGAUUCUUCUGGGAAUAGCUGGUGGGUGUUUCCCUUACCCUGCCCAGGCUAGUAUUCAGGCAGUUUCCAGGCACGAGCAUCUCGCUGUCGUCACCGGCAUCUUCCUUGCAUCUUACAACAUUGGAAGUGCCCUCGGUAACACGAUAUCUGGUUCCAUUUGGAACCAAGUCCUCCCCGGAGAGCUGAGCCGCAGACUCGGAAACGAGACACUCGCCGCGUCAGUUUACGCCGAGCCAUUGGUAUUUGCGGCUGCCAACCCAGUUGGUACUCAUGCCCGGGACGAGGUGAUACUUGCCUACCAAGCGACUCAGCGGCUUCUGUGCAUUACAGGAAUCUGUCUGACAAUCCCGCUUAUUGUGUUUGCUCUUUGUCUGCGAAAUCCUAAGCUUAGCAAGGAGCAGAGCUUGGUCAAGGCCGAGGAAUCAUCUGAUAGCGAAGGUAAUGUUGUGCACAACUAA